AGACAACGCCGCGGCCGAGGCGCACUCGUACGACCUCAUCCUGCAGCAGAUCCAGUACUUGCUCGCGUCACAGCACUUCAAGGUGGUUGGUUGCUCGCUCAUCUUCUUGUGCCGCCGCCUCGACCGGCUCGCCGAGGAGCGGCGGAUUGAGGUGCUCUCCUGGCUGCACGACUCGCUCUUCGGCACCCUCGCGUGCCACUGGUCGCGCGUCGUCCGCUCGUCCUUCAUGCACAUCGCAGUGCUCAAAGUGCUGCACGAGGCCGACCGCUCCCCCUCCGUCCGCGCGCAAGUCAAGCGGACGGCGUCCCUCGACCGCCGCACCGCCUCGCUCGACCGAGAGAACCCGUCGCCCCGCGGCCUCCCCAAAGUCGCCUCGUGGAACGCGCCUCGCUCCAUCUCGGUGCCCAGCUCGCUCCGGCGGCGGCGCCGUGCCCGUCUCUCCUGCGGCCGAGGAGCGCGCGCUGUUCGGGGUGGCGAGGAACGACUCGCUCGCCUCGCGCUCCUCGUCGGCGACGCGGCUCUCCAAGACAGUCGCGUGUGACGUCGAGGCCUCCCUGGUGCGCAUGGCAUACGCAGAGUCGCUCGGCUACGUGCAGACCCUCGCAGAGGCACCUCUCGGCUCGAGCGCCGCGGCAGAGGCGGCCGAGCAGCUCGGCCUCGACGUGGUCGGCGAGGCGGGCGGCGCCGCAGACACGCUCGCCACGUGGCAGUCGUACGCGCGCCACGCGUGGUCGGAGCACAACGCGCUGCAGCGCAAGUGCGCCGAGCUGCGCGAGCUGCUCUCGCGCUACCCGGACGCGCCCGCCCCCCCCGACGCGCAGGCCGGUCGCCGCCUCAACGGCGCGAGCAGCCCCGUCGGCCAGCAGCCUUCGCGCCGGCAGCUGACUCUCUCCAUGGCGGGGCUCUGCGAGUCGCACGAGGCGGGCGACGAGGAGGCGCACGCCUCGUCGGACGAGUGGUAGUCGCGCGCGGCGGUUUUGGACCCGCGCGUCGGCCUAGGCGUCGGCUAGCGGGGCGCGUGCACUCGCUCCCACCCGGAAACCUGCGCUGUUUCGCGGUUCCGCUGCACGCGCCAACCUCCUACGCGGCCGAUAGGCGACAGUCGACUCCGACAGAACAUUUUCCCCCCUGUUUCUCUCGUAAGUUUCCUCAAAAU